GACGUCACUUCCGCAACAGCCUGCGUUUCCGUUACCCAUCGGCCACCUGGUGUUCGGUCGAUGGUGGAUUUCCGCGGCUACCAGAGCGUUUGUUGAAUCCAUCACCGGUGUGUUGAUCCAGGUCUCACUAUGGGUGAACGAAAAGGAACAAACAAAUACUAUCCUCCAGAUUUUGAUCCAGCCAAGCAUGGAUCCCUCAACGGCUACCACAAGACGCACGCUCUGCGUGAGCGGGCCAGGAAGCUGUCCCAGGGCAUCCUCAUCAUCAGGUUUGAGAUGCCCUACAACAUCUGGUGUGAUGGCUGCAAAAACCACGUGGGCAUGGGGGUCCGCUACAAUGCCGAGAAGAAGAAAGUGGGGAACUACUACACCACGCCAAUCUACAGGUUCAGGAUGAAGUGCCAUCUGUGUGUCAACUACAUCGAGAUGCAGACGGACCCGGCGACCUGCGACUACGUGAUCGUCAGCGGGGCGAACCGGAAGGAGGAGCGCUGGGACAUGGCCGACAACGAGCAGAUCCUCACCACAGAGCGAGAAGAGAAGGAGAAACUGGAGACGGACGCCAUGUUCAAACUGGACCACGGCGGGAAAGACAAGGAGAAGUUGAAGAAGGCUCUGCCUUCUCUGGCCGAGAUCCAAGACUACCAGUCCUGCAAGAAGGACGACUUCCAGCUCAACAGCUCCCUCCGCAGGAGGUUCAGGACAGAGAAGAAGGUUCAGGCGGAGCAGGAGGAGAAGGACAACACCGUGAGGAUGAGGACCAACCUGUCCAUCCCGCUGCUGCCGGAGAAGGAGGAGGACAAGCGACUGGCCACACUGCUCACCUACCAGGCCCCUGACUCCUACGAGGACAAGCAGCACAGCAAGCGCAGAGAGAUCUCCUCCCGCUCCUGGUUCACCUCCUCCUCGGCCUCGCCGGCGGGCGCCACGGGCACCCUGCUCCACAAGCUCAGCCUGCAGGGGAAAGAAGCCGCGGUGGCCAAAGCUCUGGGCCCCUCGCCCCGCCCACUGAUCCUCAGGCGCCCGGGGGGGCCGUCGAUCCAAACGGAACCCUCCUCGUCCUCAUCCUCCUCGUCUUCGUCUUCCUCCCCGACCACCGGCCGACGGAGGUCGCUCCCCGAGGUCGGCGGGUGCAACGGAGCGGUUUCUCGGAGAGCGGAGGCGGCGGGUUUAGAGGCGUCCCAAGCGGAGGCGGGGCUGCUGGAGACAGACGGUGGCGUUAGGACCACAGAGGAAGCAGACGGACAACCGGCACAGGCAAAGGAUUAUGGGAAGGGGCGGGGCAAGAGUUUAGGGGGCCUCCCAUCGCUGGUGGCAGACUACAGCGAUUCGGACUCAGACCCGGGACUUUGAGGACGGGACGGGACGUCUCUCUCCUCUGCGAAUAACGUUAUAAUCAGGACACCACGUCAGCGUGUCCUGUAGUGGGAGUGGGACACGCGGGGGGGGGGGGGGACAUGAACAGAACGUGCUGCUUUGCGUCCUGAGGAGGCCUCGUCGUGAACGUCUUCAUGUCUUCAGAAAGAUGUUUCUCUGCAGCGUUCACGCACAGCUUCCAGUAUUUGGUUGUUUGGAUUCUUUAAUCAGCGAAUGUGUUAAAUAAUAAAUCCUGUGGAGCCGUUGUGGAGUUUCUUCCUCACAGUGUUUAACUUUCAGAAAUCAAACACUGAGAAAUCAUCACGAUGCAUCCAGUGAACCAGAAACAACCUAGAAAAGCAUUUUGACUUAUCGGGUAUCUUCUCCUUUUCUGGGAUCAUUUUAAUGCCUAAUGAAAUAGUUUCCCCCAGUUUUGGGAACUUAAACGUGUAGAAUAAGUUUAACAACCGAAGGGGCUUUUGAACAAAUCCGGCUCCUUUUGUGUGCAGUUUUCUACAAAAUAUUUGGUAAAUUAUUUAAUCUAAUUAUUGAAAGUGGCUUGUUUGCUCUGAUUGGCUGAUCACUCGUUCAGGUUCUUUCUCCUCGCCAUCGUUGCGCGCUUGUAACGCCGAUCGUUCCUUCGCUGUCGCACGUUAUUGAGCCGCAGGCAGGGAGUUUAUUUCCGUAACGCGAACGACCGGAGAUCUUUCCACUCUUUGUUUGCUGUUUAUUUCAAUCAGCAAAAGCGUUAAAUAAAUACACAACAAACCGCUGGA